CUUUCUCCUGUUCAAGUGCAGGAGAUGCUGCCUACCCACAAGGCUUUGGUCCAUGCGUGGAAAUGGGAGCAGAGCGUGCGUGAGGUCGUUCGGAGUCCGCCCUCCUUGCCCGGGCUGCUCUCGCGCUGUUUUUGCAGGGCCUAUGCAUCCUCCUCCUCCUGGUGGAGAACUCUUUAAGUUAUAAGAGGAAGAUAAAAGGCUGUGGUUCAUCAGUAAUCCAGGCACAGAAACACAUAUAAUCACUAGUUGAAUUUCCAUCAAAUUGUUCAGCAGAGCAUGGAGAAGAAGAUUGACUCCAGGUCUUUUAGGGAUGGUGUGGCUAAGAAACCUUGUUCUCCAAAGGCACUGCCCUUCAAAAAGUCUUCUGCCUUCUCUGGGAUCCAGAGGGAGUUACCUAGAAGCUGUCAUUCUUUAUACUAUCAUACGUCACAAAAUUGGGCUCGACACCGGCUAAGAGAACUGCGAAGCAGAUGUGUGGCCAGAAAGUUUUUGUAUGUGUGGAUUCGAAUGACUUUUGGAAGAGUAACUCCCUCCAGAGCCAGGUUUUUCCAUGAGCAGAGACUGCUACAGAAGGUCUUUGGAGAAUGGAGGGAAGAAUGGUGGGUCUCCCAGAGAGAAUGGAAACUCUGUGUUCGAGCUGACUGUCACUACAGAUACUAUUUGUACAACCUGAUGUUCCAGAACUGGAAGACCUUUGUGCACCAGCGACGGGAGAUGAGGAAGGGGCUCUGUAGAGCCGAGCAUCACGAUACAAAGCAGAAGAUGCGCCAAGCCUGGAAGUCCUGGUUGAUAUACAUGGUUGCCCGUAGGACCAAACAUCACAUGCAGUCCACUGCUGUAGAAUUUAGGCGGAGGAGUGUCUUAUGUUUCUGGUGGAGCAGGUGGAGGAGGCGACUAGCACAAGCCCAUGCGGACCAUGCUCUCCACACAGCGGCUGUGAAGCAUAGGGCCCGGAGCCUCCAGCUGCAGGCUUGGUCACGAUGGCAAGAACAGCUCCUAAAUAGCCAUCUGGAAAGGUGGAAGGAGGUCAGUGCUGUGCGACACCAUCAGCGCUGGCAGAAGCAGAGAUCUUUGAAGGCCUGGCUUCAGUACCUCCACAUCCGCAGGGCGAAGAGAUGGCAGAACGAGAUGGCCGCACAGUUCCACCGUGUCACUGUGCUCCAGAUACGUUUCUGUGACUGGCAGUGGGCCUGGGAGUGGAGGCAGAGCUUGUCUGCCCACCAGGCCUUGGUGGAGAAGCUGGCCAAGAAGAUGGCCAUGCGGAGGGCCUUUGCACACUGGAAGCACUACAUGCUUCUACAGGCAGAAGAGGCUGCCCAGCAUGCAGCAGCAGAACACCACCACCAUCGCUACCUCCUGCGUUCUUGCUUUCGGGCCUUCAAAGACAAUGUGGCCCAGGCCCGUCUCUGGCGAAUAAGAAGGAACCUUGCUCACCAGCUUCGUGACACCACGCUGCUUCGCAGGUUCUGGAACCUCUGGCAGUCUCGAAUUGAGCAGAGGGAGGAGAGGGUUCAGCCUCCCUCACUGCAUGCAGCCUGGAGCCACUACAGGAUGACAGUCCUCCGCAAGUGUGUCGGGGUGUGGUUACAGUAUGUGCACCAGAGAAGACGUCUGCAGUUCCUGCAGGCCAGAGCAGACAGUCAUUUCCAGCAGAGAGCACUGCCAGCUGCCUUCCGUGUGUGGUACAGCCUCUGGAGAUGGCAUCAGCAGGGGCGAGUCCUCUACACAAGAGCAGUGCGUUUUCACAGGGAGACAUUAGAGAAGCAGGUAUUUGCUAUCUGGCGGCAGAAGAUGUUUCACCAUCGAGAAACCCGCUUGGCCGAGAGAAUGGCUAUACUGCAGGCAGAGCAGCAGCUUCUGCGGAGGUCCUGGUUCAUGUGGCGGCAGCAGGCAGCAGCCUGUCACCGAGAGCGGGAGUGGCACACCAUGGCCUGUGCCCACCGGCACACCAGGCUGCUCAGGAAGGCUUUCUGCACCUGGAGGGAAAGAGCCCAAGGAUUUAGGACUGAGAGGAUGGGCAGGGCACAGGCUGCACACUUCCACUCAGCACGGCUCCUGCGUUGGGCCUGGAGCAUGUGGAGGGAGUGCCUGGCCCUGAGGACGGAAGAGCAGGAAAAGCUGAGGCGUGCGGCUCUUCACAGUCGGCACACCCUGCUUCACAGGGCUCUGCAAAUGUGGCUGGUUUACCAGGACAGAGUGAGGAGCGUUCUACAGGAGGUGGCAGCCAGGGAGAGACAGCACAACAGGCAGUUGCUGUGGUGGGCAUUACGUCGUUGGAGGAAAAACACCAUGGCCCGUUUGGAUAUGACCAAAAAAGCCUCCCAAGCAAGAGCCCACUACAACAGGACUCUGUGCUCCAAGGUCCUGGUGCAGUGGAGGGAGGUUACAUCAGUGCAGAUAUAUUACCGAGAAAAGGAGGCAGCUGCCCUCAGGGAGGCCCGGAAAGCACUGAGCAGGGGUCGUCUCCGUAACUGCUUUCGGCACUGGCGGUUCUGCAGCCAGAGGGCGGCCCAGCAGAGAGUCCGGCUGCAGCGGGCGGCCCAGCAUCACCGCCAGCAGCUGCUGCUGGAAGGGAUGGCUGGCUGGAAGGCAUACCAUCUGCAGUGUGUCAGGAAAAAGCUUCUGCAGAGGCAGGGUGCCCAACUCUUGGCACAGAGACUCAGUCGGGCCUGCUUCUGCCAGUGGAGGAAGCAGCUGGCAGCCAGGAAGCAAGAGCAGUGGAGUACAGCCCGGGCCCUGUGGUUCUGGGCCUUCUCACUACAGGCAAAGGUGUGGACUGCGUGGCUGGGCUUCGUACUUGAGAGGAGGAGGAAGAAGGCCCGGCUGGAGCAAGCUGUGCAGGUCUACCACCAGCAGCUGCUGCAGGAGGGGGUCACGCGGCUUCUGCGCUUUGCCGCCGGUGGGAAGGCCUCCCGGCAGCAACUCCAGGCCCAGCAGCAGCUCCAGGCAGCCCACAGCCUCCACUGUGCAGUCCGCCGCUGUGCUGAGCUCUGGAAAAGGAAGGCGCUUGGUCCGGGCAGGGCGGCUCAGCCACCAGCACCCGGCACAUUCAGCAGGAGAGUGACAUUUAAGGAUUCCUUUCUCUCCGGAGUUGCUGCUGAGGCUGAGGAUGCCACCCUGGAGACCAAGAAGUUGCGAGCUCCUCCAUCUCAGGGCAUCCUGGGCAGCUUGGCAGUAGCUGCUGGGGAGCCCUGCCUCCUAGAGCUCAGUGAGGCCCGCUCAUCACGGAAACAGCCACGACGUCCAUCCUUCCUGCUGGAGCAUUUGUGGAGCCAGAGGUCCCCAGGCUGGUGCACCCUCAGGGAGCAGCAGUUGGAGAAGCCUCUGGAAAAGGGUCAAAGCAUGGCUCCGCCAGGAGGCCUUUCCCUGAUGAGGCCCUUCCCACCUGUGGUUCUGCCGAAUGCCCCUGGUUUGAAGCUGCCCCCUCCAGCAAGUCCAGGCCUGGAUCUGUUGCCUCCUUCUUCCUUCAUGCCCCGUGGGGUGGGAGACACCGCCAGGGUGUCAGCAGAGCCCACCAUCCCUGGACCUCAACCUCUGGCAUGCCCAGCCCUAACCAGGGGCCCUCAGCCCCAUCUUUUCCUCCCUGAGGAUUUCACAAGCACCAGGAUUGGGCCUGGCUAUGGCUCCGAGGCUACAGGCCACACCGAGCUUGAGGCUGAGCUGGAGGAGAUCCAGCAGCAGUUACAGCACUACCAGAGCACCAAGCAGAACCUUCGGUCAUGCCAACGACAAGCCAACAGCCUGCGUAGGUGGCUGGAGCUAAGCCAGGAGGAGCCCAGGCCUGAGGACCAGGAUGUAGAACAGCAAGUGAAAAAAGAGCUAGAGGAGGUGGAACUACAGAUCCAGCAGCUGGCAGAGGAACUCCAGGCCCAGCGUCAGCCCAUCCGUACAUGCAUGGCUCGUGUUCAGGCCCUGAGACAGGCUCUGUGCUAGUGGGCUUGCCUCUGGGGGCAGGUGCUGUCCUUCCCCAGGCCAUAGACACCCACCCUCCUUCAAUAACAGAAUACAAAGCUACAAUGGUUUAGGGUUUUUAUUUCAAAAUGUCUGGCAAUUAAAUGUUACUGUUCAGAAGUC